CUCUUCGGUCCAGCGCUUAUUGUCGUCCCCCUUCUGUCUCACCCGAUACUUGGUUCCUGUAUUGCAUAUAGACUAACUAGCUUCUUCUUUAACUAUGCGGUCAAUUGUGGGUUUAAUUGUUGUAAUUACCGCCGCUACUUUCUAUCUGUACAUUCUGUCUUCUUACCUUCCGACCGGACCGCGACAACUCCCACCCAAAGCGACGGAGAACGAAGAAACGUCUGACAUCGACACUAACAAGGACAGUGGGGAAUUCAAAGAACACAGGCUGAAGUUCCCCUCAGACCUGGUAGAGCUGAGGGAACUGGCUGAGCUGCUCCAGUUCUACAAGACAGAACACACUGGAUACGUUCUGCUUCUCUUCUGUAGCGCCUAUCUCUACAAGCAGUCCUUCGCCAUUCCUGGCUCCUCCUUCCUGAACAUUCUAGCAGGUGCUCUGUUUGGCCCAUGGCAGGGCUUAGUACUAGCCUGUGUUCUGACCACUGUGGGCUCCACCAUGUGUUACCUCCUCUCCCAGGCCUUCGGUAAGCGCUACAUCACAAACCUCUUCCCUGGCCAGGUCUCCAUGCUGCAGAGGAAGGUGGAAGAGAACCAGUCCUGUCUGUUCUUCUUCCUCCUCUUCCUCAGGUUCUUCCCCAUGACUCCUAACUGGUUCCUCAACAUGUCCGCCCCCAUCGUCAACAUCCCUGUCACAUUCUUCUUCUUCUCUGUCUUCAUCGGCCUGAUCCCAUAUAACUUCAUCUGUGUCCAGACGGGCUCCAUGCUGUCUGAAGUGUCCUCUCUGGAUGACCUGUUCUCCUGGGGCAGAGUGCUACAGCUGCUGGGCAUAGCCUGUGUGGCUCUGCUCCCCGGGACCCUCAUUAGACACUACAGCCAGACACACCUCAAACUGGACGGCCUGGAGGAGAACAAUGGAGUCAACAAGAAGACUCAGUGAGGAGCGAACAAGGGUCUCCGCGUCCUGUGGAAAUAACAACACAUAGAGGAUGAAGUUGUAGGAUUUGGAGUACCUUGGUAUUUUUGGGAUGGUCUGUACUCUCCAAGUUCAGCCUCCAUUUUGUUGGUAAGACUCUGAGCAUCCUGAGUCAGCCUGUACAUAUUCCUGCCAGUGGGCUGGAUACAGGCGAAAACAUGAUCAAAUAGGUUGGGAACUGAGGUUUCCUACAGUAGAUGACCUCACAGCAGAAGGGAGAUGUGGAAGUCUGUGUGUAUGUUAAGAGAUUGUAUGGACCGAGUCUAUGUCUGUGUGAAGGUAUUUUAAGACAUUUGUGUUUUUAUGGGUGAAGGGAGGAGACAUAUUAAUUCAAAAUCAUUGUGUUGAUGUUCUUGUUUGAUGAAGAUACCUUUAUUUUUUGAAUAGACUACAUUCUAUUGUUGGUACUGAUACACACAUACCUUUUGAAGUGGCCUGUGCUUCUGUUUUAAACAGCAAGCUACCUCAAAGCAGAACAAGAUGUCCCGCCAAGACAAUUCUAGGGAGGGAGAGGUGAAUGGGUUUUGUAUGUUUUUACAUAGGGAAUUGAUUGGGUAUGUUUUUUUUUAAACAUAUUUUUCUGAAUUGUUAGACCUGUAUUUUAUUGAAACACAAUAUUUUUACUAACUGCCUAUCAGCGUUAGUGUGAUUGAAAUUUAAAGGCAAUGUUCCCGUGUUAGGCUAAAUGCAUUCACGGUAAAUGCUGCAUAUGUCAUCUCAGUUGGAAAUUACCUUUAAAUUUAGAUUGCGCAAUCUGUAAGGUUCAGUGAUUCAGUUAGGACUCUCUUCACCUUGAUUGAGUGUUUGUGUAAAUACAAGGGUUUCCUUUCCUAAUUGUCAACAAGUUAUCAAUUGUGAGGAAUGUGAAUUUAAAAAAAUCUUUUGUCACUUUCAAAAUGUAAAUGUUUUCUGUCUGGAUAUCUUAUUUGUCAAUAAAAAUAACAGGUGAACAACAA